AUGACACCGCUUCUCUCUCUCUCCCUGGUCCUUGUAUAUAUUCAUACCAUGGCCGCCCAACAGGAUGACACAUGGCAAAUCUCCGAGGACGGGUGCCACGUCGCCCUGACGCACGCGCACCUCGACGCCUCGGCCGCCAUGAACCUCGUGCGCAGUCCCGCCGCUGGCGCCAUUGUGCUUUUCGCCGGAACCACCAGAGACAACUUUGCCGGCAAGCCCGUCAAGGAGCUGCAGUACACGACGUACCACCAGCGUGCCCUGCGCACCAUGCUCGGCAUCGCCGCGGCGCUCCGCUCCAAGCACGGCCUGCACGGCAUCGCCAUGGUGCACCGCCUCGGAACCGUGCCCAUCGGCGAGGAGAGCAUCCUGAUUGCCGUCUCCUCGUCGCACCGCCAGGCGGCGUGGCGCGCGGGCGAGGAGGCGCUCGAGGAGUGCAAGGCCAAGGUCGAGGUGUGGAAGCGCGAGGAGUUUGAGGGCGAAGAGGGCGUGUGGCGCGCCAACAGGGAUGGCGCGGUGGGCGAAAAGGUGGCAGAGUGA